AUGAAACAAUGGGUAACAGACCUCUCUGGCUUAGCAGGUCUGAGACAAGAAGCUAUUCCUGUACCUGAGCCUCAGGAGGAUGAGGUCCUAGUGAAGAUCAGCGCUGUGUCUGUGAACUUUCGAGAUGUCGAAGUAUGCAUCGGAGAUUACGACCAUUAUGCCUCAAUCUCGCCUCCGUCCUCAAUUGUGCCCUGUUCAGACAUGGUUGGGACGAUUGUGAAGUUUGGCAAUCGAGGCUCAGAUGCUACAGCCAGUGAAUGGGUCGAAGGAGACCGCGUCAUGGCAAUUUUUAACUUGACCCAUAUGACCGGGCAAAUCACAGACGAACACUCGCCGUCCGGACUUGGUCUGCCUUUGCCAGGUGUGUUGAGCGAGUACAGAUGCUUCCCAAUUUACGGGUUGGUCAAAGUCCCGUCGUACCUUAGCGACGAGGAGGGCAGUACUCUUCCAAUUGCUGUCGUGACUGCUUGGAUGGCACUGAACUGGAUGCGGCCUAUUGGGCAACCAGUACAAGGAGCAGAUAAAAUCGUACUGCUACAGGGAACUGGGGGCGUUUCUAUUGCCGGACUUCAACUAGCAAAGGCGAGUGGGCUUACUGCUAUCGUUACAUCGUCCUCCGACGAAAAGUUGAACAGAGCAAAAGAGCUCGGGGCCGACUAUGUCAUCAACUACAGAGCUACACCUGAAUGGCAAGACGAAGUCUUGCACAUCACUGAAGGCAAAGGCGUGGAUAUUAUUUUCGAGCAAGGUGGGCCUCAGACCCUGGCGAAGAGUUUUACCUGUGUUAAAUGGGGAGGUAUGAUUUCUAGUAUCGGUUAUCUUAGUGGAAAGCAGGAUAAUGCUGAGAGUAGAAUUAACACAAAUGUGCUCGCCUUACGACGGAAUGUCACACUCAAGGGCAUUUGCGUUGGGCCGAAAGAUCGCCUUGAGGAAGCGCUGGAACUCUACCAGCAGAAGAUUAUCCACCCUAUUGUGGAUAAAGUUCUGCCUUUUGAUCAGGCGAAAGAGGCCUUGGAGUAUGUGGCUGCAGGUAGUCAUUUUGGCAAGGUGGUGGUGAGCGUCGUCUGA